UAUACUACCUUUAGAGUACAACAUGUUGAGUACCUUACCCGUCUGUUACUGGACAUUCUGCUGGAUCAUGAUUUUGAUAAUGCCUCCAGGUGCAUUAUGGGAUUGAGUGCGAACAUCAGAAGAGUACCUGAGUUGGUUUGGAGGGUUGGAUGUGAAACCUUGAGAAACUUAAAACGAAACCACAAAUGUAUUGUGCAGUUCUUUAAAUACGUUUUUAUGAUCUGCUACCCUUAUAAAGAAGAGAUUCUACUGGAUUUUGCCAUGUACUUGAUUCAAGAACAACAAGAGAUUACCGAAGCACACGAACUGAUUAGAGGAAAAUGUGGCAACAAACCCUUCAGUGAAAACAGAUUAUUACAAGCAUAUCUUGGAUUGUUUGAAUACGUAACAUGGAAUAGCAAAUUGACUAAAGAAAAACAACUUGGUUUUGAACAAGAUGUUUAUAUAAAUAUGAACACAGAGAAAUCUAAGCAAAUAAGUUACCAUGGUAACAAAGCCUUGGGUUAUUUCGAGAACCUUGUGGAGACUGAUGGAUUGUGGGAUAUCUUUGUAACGAGACAAGUUGAGCUGUUGGUUUACUAUGGAAAGGUUGAUGAAGCCAGGAAAACGCUUGAGAAAUACCUAGAGAAGAAUCCAGAGAACCCUAAUGCACACAGAUAUCUUUAUCACUUUCUUAAGAAACAAGGGACACCAAAAGCUGAAUUACUGGGUGUAUUGGAAAAGCUUUUUGCCGUGGACCCAACUUCAGAGCUGGUAAAAGAAUACACAGAACUAUUACAAGAGGAUGGACAGCUGAACUUAGGGGACCCCAAGUACAUCAGCAGACAUYUGCACAUCCUUUUCAAUAAACUUGAUCACUACGCCUGCCGUAACAGUCUCAAUGGAUGGACAGCCCUUGCCCAAAUACUCAAACUAUGUUACCAUGGAAAGACCAUUAAUAAGGACUUUGAACACACCAUUAAAGARUGUUGGGAAGAGAGAGCUGAUUGGUGGCCUCAGUACCAUUUCCAGGAACAGCAGUUACUGACAAUGGAUUCAACAAAUGAAUAUGAUUGGAAUAUUGUGCUUGAAAAGGCUAAAGUUGCACAACGACUUCUUGGCAAAG